GUGGAAUAGUAGGAGUAAUGUGAAGAGAAGAGAAGAGGAGAUCGCUUCUCCGGCUCUUGGAGAAACCAAUCUUCAAGAUGUUUUCGGUGAAAACAGUUCUGCUGCUGCUUUCCGCCACCCUAUGUGCUGAAGCCACGAUUUACCAAAGGAAACAGGAAAAGCAAAUACUCGACAACAUUCUUUCCGUGAAUUAUGAUUCCCGCAUCCGGCCACCAUCGAACGCCACAAAUGGACCAAUCGAUGUUACAGUCAAUAUUGCCGUGAUGAAAAUCACAAGUGUCGACGAUGAAAGCAUGUUAUUCAGCAUGGACAUCAGAUUUCGGCAAGAAUGGAAGGACGACCGAUUGAAAUAUGCGACGUCCAAUGCACUGAAAUACAUCACUCUGGACGACGAUGAAUAUAUAUGGACACCGGAUUUAUUUUUUAACGAGUACAAAGCUUACGCCCAUGACACCACCAGGCCCAAUAUUUUACUGAGGAUUUACGCGGACGGAUCCGUUCUGUUAUCGAAAAGGUAUGUAGAAAAAAAAUUAGAAAAAUUGUUAUUCGCAUCUCUUCAACAACAACAAUGAAAAUAUAAUUUACAG